AUGGGUUUGAUAACGCUUCUGUUAGUUGCUGUAACUGUUGCAGUUCUCCAGGCUCAAUCAGUCGACAAAGUUUCCCUAGGAUUUCCAGAAGCCUGGGAUGGUGACAAAUAUAAAGAACUGUACUGUCCGUCGAAAAGUAUUCCUAAAUUUUUAGAUGGGUAUUUCUUAUGUCAAUUAUCCGCUGCAUACGGCAACGCAUCUGCACCACCGGGUCAUAAGCUGAACCAUAUGAUUGAUGCUAUAGGAGCUGUUGGAGCAUUUCAUAUCAGUAAUGGACAGGUAGUCUUCUCUGCUCAGUACUAUCCUUCAAGACCGUUUAAAAUAUGGGAAUUUUAUGAUCGAAAUAUGUCAAAAGCUUCUGUUCCAUGGGCCGGAUGGUCUGAUUACAAUCUUACUGCGAUGUCUCGUUGGGAACAGGUACCAGCUAAUCCAGACUCUGCUCGGUUCCAUCCAAAUCUUGACUUCUGGAAAGUUGGAAAACGAGUACUUGCCGGUACAGAAGCACCAUAUUGGGUUGGAUAUGAGUUUGAUGUGAAGAAUUUGGACCGAUUUAGACUUUUCCCAUUUGUUGAAGACAACGAUGUUUUUGGGGUCGCCAGACCGACGAUGAUACCAAUUUCGAUGGCAAUUCACGAAAGGAACGAUCUUGAUGGUACACUGUGGGGCUCAUUUUCUGCGAUGAAUUUCAAUGAACAGCGAUUCUAUCAGGGUAUAUUCACGGUAGAACCAUCAGGCACACGAAAGGUGGUAGGUAUGUACGACUACGGUGUUUGGGAUAAUACUGCGUGUGGAAAAGACGACGAGUAUAUUGGCGACAAAACUUUGCUCCCUGGUUAUAUUCACUCUAUAACUUCAACUGAGAGAUAUAUAAUUCUUCCAAUAACUUCAUUACUGAUCAACCCAUGCAAAUUUAAAGAACCACCAAUGACCAACAUUCAUUCUUCUAUUCAGGAAGGCGGACUUUGGGGAAUGGAUUUCUAUGACAUGGUACCAAUGAGAUUUUUGAUUUUUAACAAGAAACUUCGCGAAUGGAGCACGAAAAAGCCUCUGGAAGUUUUCCCCUCGAUGUUUGUCACUCACCAACUCAACGCAUUCGAUAAUCCAGAUGGCACUAUAUCCGCUGAUAUGAUUGUAUAUGAUAGACACGAUCCCUACGUCAAGUACUUUUAUACAGACUUCCUCACUGAACAGCUCUAUCCGGAAACAGCACGUAUCCUCCGGUUUACGAUUGAUCUUAAGGGAAGUCGAAUCAUGUAUAGCUACCUAAUACCUAAAGAAACAAUUUCUGCGGACUUUCCACAAAUAAAUCAUGACUACGAAUCAAGACCCUAUCAGUGGGCUUACAUCGUCCAGAAUCCGUACGCAUCAGACAAUUCAAUUAUCAAAAUUAACGUGGAUGAACCAGCUGGAACUAGAAAUGCGGUCUAUAAAGCAGACACCGGAAUGGUACUACACGAACCAUAUUUUGUAGCUCGUCCAGGUUCACGUAAAGAAGAUGAUGGUGUUCUUUUAGUUAGGGCACUCGACCUACAAGAAAACAAAGGUAUGCUUAUCGUCUUAGACGCUAUAACUAUGACAGAGACUGGACGCGCAUAUGUACCAAUAUCAAUUCCAUUUGGUUUCCACAACCGAUUUUACUCCAAACAGGAACUUGGCCUUCCAGAAGGGUAUCAUUAUCCACACUACAGACCUACGACGAUGUCAUCAUCAUCUUCCAUAGAACCAGAAAAUUUGAAAUCGCAACUAUCAAGAGCUGAAAAACCUAGCAGCACCACUGCAGAAACAUUUGCUAGUUCAACCGUGACUUCUGCAGAUGACCUAACGAUGAAAACGCUAAGUAAUUCUUAG